ACACACUUUAGAUAAGGACAAUUAGUCACCAUCGAGACCCAGUAGGGAACGAAGUUUAAAUCAGAGGGAUUUAAUGAGGGUGCUCUGUGCUUUCCCUGAAGCCAUGGCCUCCAGCAGCUCCCGCCCCCCCUCGUGCCUAGCCCUGGUGGCUCUCUUCUUGGCUCUGUUGCUCCAUCUCUCCCUCUCCUUCCACGCUGGAAACAGGAGACCUUUGCCUGUAGACAGAGCUACAGGUUUGAAGGAAAAGACCCUGAUUCUACUUGAUGUGAGCACCAAGAACCCAGUCAGGACAGUCAAUGAGAACUUCCUCUCUCUGCAGCUGGAUCCCUCCAUCAUUCAUGAUGGCUGGCUCGAUUUCUUAAGCUCCAAGCGUCUGGUGACCUUGGCCCGGGGACUCUCGCCCGCCUUUCUGCGCUUCGGGGGCAAAAGGACGGAUUUCCUGCAGUUCCAGAACCUGAGAAAUCCGGCGAAAAGCCGCGGGGGCCCGGGCCCGGAUUACUAUCUCAAAAACUAUGAGGAUGACAUUGUCCGGAGUGAUGUUGCCUUGGACAAGCAGAAAGGCUGUAAGAUUGCCCAGCACCCUGACAUUAUGCUGGAGCUGCAGCGAGAGAAGGCAGCGCAGAUGCAUCUGGUUCUUCUGAAGGAGCAAUACUCCAAUACGUACAGUAACCUCAUACUAACAGCCAGGUCUCUAGACAAACUUUAUAACUUUGCUGAUUGCUCUGGACUCCACCUGAUAUUUGCUCUAAAUGCACUGCGUCGUAAUCCCAAUAACUCCUGGAACAGUUCUAGUGCCCUGAGCCUGUUGAAGUACAGUGCCAGCAAAAAGUACAACAUUUCUUGGGAACUGGGUAAUGAGCCAAAUGACUAUCGGAGCAUCCAUGGCCGGGCAGUAAACGGUAGCCAGUUGGGAAAGGAUUACAUCCGGCUGAAGAGCCUGCUCCAACCCAUCCGGCUUUACUCCAGAGCCAGCCUGUACGGCCCCAAUAUUGGACGGCCCAGGAAGAACGUCAUUGCUCUCCUAGAUGGAUUCAUGAAGGUGGCAGGAAGCACAGUGGAUGCGGUUACCUGGCAACAUUGCUACAUUGAUGGCCGGGUGGUCAAGGUGAUGGACUUCCUGAAAACUCGUCUGUUAGAUACACUCUCUGACCAGAUUAGGAAAAUUCAGAAAGUGGUCAACACAUACACUCCAGGAAAGAAGAUUUGGCUGGAAGGAGUGGUGACCACCUCAGCUGGAGGCACAAACAAUCUGUCAGAUUCCUACGCUGCAGGAUUCUUAUGGCUAAAUACUUUAGGAAUGUUGGCCAAUCAGGGCAUUGAUGUCGUGAUACGACAUUCAUUUUUCGACCACGGAUACAACCAUCUGGUGGACCAGAAUUUUAACCCAUUACCAGACUAUUGGCUUUCUCUGCUUUACAAGCGUCUGAUUGGCCCCAAAGUCCUGGCAGUGCACGUAGCUGGGCUCCAGCGGAAGCCUCGGCCAGGAAGAGUCAUCCGAGACAAACUAAGAAUCUAUGCUCACUGCACAAACCACCACAACCACAACUAUGUCCGUGGCUCUAUUACACUUUUCAUCAUCAACUUACAUCGAUCAAGAAAGAAAAUCAAACUGGCUGGGACUCUCAGGGACAAGCUCGUGCACCAGUAUCUGCUGCAGCCUUAUGGGCAGGAAGGCCUAAAGUCCAAGUCAGUGCAGCUCAAUGGCCAGCCCUUAGUGAUGGUGGACGACGGGACCCUUCCAGAACUGAAGCCCCGCCCCCUGCGGGCCGGCCGGACAUUGGUCAUCCCUCCAGUCACCAUGGGCUUUUAUGUGGUCAAGAAUGUCAACGCUUUGGCCUGCCGUUAUCGAUAAGUCACCCUCUGUUCCCGAGCUACUGGUGGGCCUGCUGGACUGCUCUCUGCUCUUCCACACACGUAGCGUCCUUAUUCCUCAGACACCUUCUUUAGCAACCAGCCUCUACUCCCAUGCUGCUGGGAGCAACAUAGACUCUCCAAAGGGAGACUAACCGUCAUAGUGUGAGCUUAGUCUAGGUAGGUGGCAUCUGUCCCUAAGGAAAAGGUAGACAUCCUCUGGUGUGUCUGUCUACGCAUGGACAGCUGACAGCAAACUUCCAGAGCAGUGUUUGCAAACCAGCUGCCUGCGGUCCUGACCACACAGCAAUGUAACUAACUGCAAAGCCCAGGCUCUAGCCUAUGGCUGCUGC